AACCCAAGUCUCCCAGUAACUUGGAUCUCCCCGUUUUUCAUUGAUUAUGGAUCUUAAUUAAUUAGAACUAGCAGUCAGCACUAGUACCAACAAACAUGUAAUUACCAGUUUUCCCAGUUGUCAAAACUGAAUAAUGUAUAUAGUAAAUAGUGGAAAUUUGGAAUUGUGUCUUCAAUGAUCUAUUUUGGGUUGGGCCAAGACAACCCUGUCGUUUCGGGCACCGUUGUAGGCUUUUUAUCACUUUCCUCUGCUCUCCUCUCCUCUCCGCUUCGGUUCUUCAACACGCCGGCACUUCCUUAGGGUUUCACCAAGUCAAACUCGUGUACCACUCCCCGGAAAAAGAGAGAGAAAUGGCAAAUCAAGGUGCCAAGAAGCGAAAGGAAGAGAAUACUCGGCACAUGGCGAAUCUCCGUCGCAUCAUCAUUGCCUGCAAUGUUAUAUUUGUCUUGGUUAGGAUGCUGAUCUUCCAUUCCUCAUUCACAUGGAAACAUUGGGUUGGUCUAGUUUUGACAUCCGUUGCUUACUUUAUCCCCUAUCAACAACUUGCCCAGAUGGCAAAACCUACUUAUGCUAAUGAUGGAGAGCUUCUUGAUGGUGGAUUUGAUAUGAGUACUGGUGGAAUAUGUGGCUAUUUACAUGAUGUAAUCUACAUUACAAGUUUUGUGCAAUUGACGUCCAUCAUCUCUGAAAAGUUUUGGUACACAUAUCUGGUGAUACCAGCAUUUGGAGCAUACAAAUCUUUUGGGUUCAUUAGAGGAUUUUUAUCGCAAGGCUCAGAGGGAGAGGUGGAGGAUGAAAAGAGUCGCAAGAAAAGGGAAAAGAUGGAGAAAAAGGCUUCAAGGCCAAAGUUUGUCAAGACAAGGAAUAGGUGAGUGAAA